AUGCACGCGAUUUCUGGUCUUCUCUGCGCAGCCGCUCUGUUCUCCAGUGCCCUCGCGUCGCCUCUGGUGAGGAGAGUCCCGACAGGCCAGGUCAUCACACACUGCACAGUCCCAAACACCAUCGCCCUAACAUUCGACGAUGGCCCGUCCCAGUACACGCCGCAACUCCUCGACACAUUAAGCAGAUACGGCGCCCGCGCGACAUUCUUCGUGCUCGGCGACGCCGCAGCAAACAACCCGGCUGUUCUACAGCGCAUGAGGAAUGAGGGACACCAGAUCGCCUCGCAUACAUACACCCACGCCUCCCUCCCCUCGCUCGGCCACGACGGCAUCGUCUCCGAAAUGACCUCGCUCGACGCCGUGAUCCGUCCCACCCUCGGCGUAACACCCUCGUACAUGCGCCCUCCCUAUCUCGAGGUCAACGACCUCGUGCUGCAGGUGAUGCGCGACUACGACUACCGGGUUAUCUCGGCGAGCGUCGACACCAAGGACUACGAGAACCAGGAUGCCAAUGCGAUUGUCAACACGAGCUUCCAGCUCUUUCUCAACCAGCUUAAUGCCGGGGGGAGUAUUGUGCUCGCGCAUGAUAUUCAUUAUUGGACGGUUGCGAGUCUGGCGGAGCGCAUGUUGGAGGAGGUUCGCGCAAGGGGGUUGAGGGCUACGACUGUUGGUGAUUGUCUGGGUGAGGCGGAAAGUGCAUGGUACCGUUGA